AUGCAAAAUUGAUGGAUUAUACGAGUUUCUGGAGAACUGUAUAUUUCAGCCUUUUUCUGAUUUCAUACCUGCAUUUCAUUUUCGGUCACAUCGUGGGUGGGGUUAUUGUUCGAGCGGCAGAGAAGAAAAAAGAUCCUUGUAGUAAUUGGUCAGUUUCCUCUACCUCAAACAUCAUUGGUUGAUGCUGAUGUGGAGGAGUUGAGUCUUUAGGGUUUAAGCAACCUAUUUAACCCCGUAUCGCGUGAAAACUUGUAUCCAAUUUUCAAAAUUUUUCACAUCACGCAGAGUAGCAGGAAAAUUGAUACUUAUGCAGUCAAAUUCGGAAAUAUAUCUACGAUGAUGUAUCCUCUCAGCGUUGGCGUUGAUUUGGUGGAGGGCUGCAAUGAUGAACCAGAGAAGACUUCUUACCUGUUGAGGACUCUGGGGCUGCUCAGCAUCGAGUCUAUUAAAAAAAAACGAAGCGACAGGGCCGAUCAUAAGCGGCAAAUGAGUACUUUUUUUCAUCAGGCUGAUGAUCUCCAACUUCUCGGUGACAAUGAGAUAGAUUUUUUCGGGAUCAGUUGGCUGAUCGAGGGGCGGUGGGGGCGACACUGCCCCUUUGUGGAUUGGGCUCAUCCGGCGUCGCAAGCGCCGGAGGACCUCGGGGCGGCUUACAGCCCCAAUUACUAAAUCUGAA